AUGCGUGCAAACCAUGAUGCAACGAAAAGGGCAUUUUCCACGCCAUCGCCCAAAACGGCGCAGCUCUCCAGAGUUGAAGAGCCGCCCCACUGCUGCCGCUGGGCCAUCCCCACCACCGUCUGGACAGCAAACCGGUUAUCCCCGGACAGUAAUUUCCCAGCCCCGGCCCCCACGCAAAAACAGCAAGAAUAUCCUCGUGGUGGCCCGAAAUGGAGAUUUUCUGGAGGCCAGGCCUCGGCGCGGUGGCCCUGCCAAGCGGCCAAGGACGCACAAUGCAUGGCAGAAACGCGCGAACUGGACGCCGGGAGCCGGUUGUGGCACGGCCCCAACGAAGAGGCGGCCGGUGUGUCCCUGCCGCACAAACGCACCGCCAUCUGA